GUGCCUGGGUCUAGCCCUUUCUCCACUAGUGCGGCUAACCGCAUCGGUGGGCAGCCUCCCCGCAAUCUGCUCACCGCCCGGCUCGGACCCUGGCCAGGCACCGAGGGGCACCCUGGGCCUGGCACACAAGAUGGCAGGUGCACAGGUGUUCUUUUCUGAGGACACGAACGCCCACUUCGUUUUCCUCUCUGUCCUCCUCUCUCUCACACUCUCUCGCACUCUCUUCCUCCCCCCUUGAAGCACCAUCACUCUGUCCACCAUGGCCCAGGCAGCGACCAUCAUUCCCCCCUUGAACCAGCGGCCCGUCAAGGGUACCAUCUGUCUCUUCGACGUUGACGGCACGCUCACGCCAGCAAGACGGGAUGCCUCGCCGGAGAUGCUGCAGCUGCUGUCGGAGCUGCGCCACAAGGUCGCGAUCGGUUUCGUAGGCGGCUCGGACCUGGUCAAGCAGCAAGAGCAGCUGGGCACGACGGCCAUCAACGUUAGCACGCUGUUCGACUUCUGCUUCGCCGAGAACGGCCUGACGGCGAUCCGCAUGGGUGUGCCGCUCGCGUCGCACAGCUUCAUCAAGUGGAUUGGCGAGGACAAGUACAAGGAGCUGGCCAACUUCUGUCUGCACUACAUUGCGGACCUGGACCUCCCGGUCAAGCGCGGUACCUUCAUCGAGUUCCGCAACGGCAUGGUCAACAUCUCGCCCAUUGGCCGUAACGCGUCGGUCGAGGAGCGCAACGAGUUUGAGCGCUUUGACAAGGUGCACAAGAUCCGCGAGACGUUUGUCGGAAAGCUGAGGGAGCGCUUCUCGGACUUGGGCCUUACGUUCAGCAUCGGUGGCCAGAUCUCCUUCGAUGUCUUCCCCAAGGGCUGGGACAAGACGUACUGCCUGCAGCACAUUGAGAACGAGAAGAACCUCCCCGACGGCGUCGAGUACACCACCAUCCACUUCUUCGGCGACAAGACGUACCAGGGCGGCAACGACUACGAGAUCUACGAGGACCCCAGGACUAUUGGCCACAGCGUCAAGAACCCGGAGGAGACAAUGGUGGAGCUGAAGAAGCUGUUCUUCUAGAUGCGGACGGUUGUCAGUGGAAGGGGAUAAGGACAGGGAGGUUGGGACAAAGGGCGUUGCUGGCGCGGAGGCCGCGACCACGAGUGACGAAAACAUCGGGUUUCCGGAUUAAGUAAAGACUUGGGCAUAAUAUCGGCGUACGCGGGAAUCGAGACCGUGUUGUAGGAAGACCUCAAUGGAUCAAGGAUGAGCGAGUAUUUGAAAUAUGUGUGCAAUGGUUCUGCGUGGCAUGUAUGCUUGAUCAGCACGGCUCGGUGCGGUGUGUGUGUGUGUGUGUGUCCUGAUGGCCAGACAGGGACAAACUUAAUUGAAGAAGUACAUAAUUUCUCAAUGCGGUUCAGGCC